AUGGACAAAAAGCUCUUGGCCGUCCCCGCGGCGAACACGGUGAAGUUUCGGUGUGCGGCCGCUGGGAACCCGAUGCCCACGAUCCACUGGCUCAAGAACGGAAAGGAGUUCAAGGGAGAGCAGAGGAUGGGCGGCAUCAAGAAGGGCGUGUGGUCAGGUCCCGUCACAAAGUCAGAAAUCACAGCCGCUCCGUUCUCCCCUUUCUCCACGCCUGUCACUCUCACGCGAUCUUGUCACUUGGAGCUGGAAGCACCGUCACCUUGGCGACCCCGUGGGGAGGCGGGGCAUCAGGAGGCCAUUGUGGCGCUGUCAGGAACCAUGUGA